AUGCCGCGUGGCAGGUAUGCACUCCGGAACAAGGAGAUAACCAGCCCCCUCGCCGAGCUCGACCCUGAAAUCGGCAAGAGGCGGAAGCGAGUAUGGAAGGACCAACCUCGAAACGCCGCUGGAACAAGAUGGGCGAAGAGAGAAGAGAUCCCGCGCGGGAGGUAUGCUCUCCGAAGUAACACACCCAGUGCCGAGCUGAUGCCGAUCAACCACGAGUUAGGGAGGCGCAAGCCGCGACCCGGGAAGCCGCAGCCCCGCAACGCUGCGGGGACCAGGUGGAUCAGAAGAGAAGAGGCCGUCGACGAGGAGGAGAAGAUCGUCCACGCCGAGAACAACGAGCCGCAGCGGCCGCAGCCUCCGGAGGAAGAGGACGACGAGCAGCAGCAACCACCAGCCGUCGACGAGGAGGAGAAGAUCGUCGUCGUCGUGCACAACGACCCGCAGCGGCCGCAGCGGCCGGAGGAGGAGCAGCACCCAGCAGCCGACGAUGAGGAGGAGAAUAUCGUCCUCGUCGAGCACAACGAGAUGCAGCGGCCGCAGCGACAAGAGGCCGAGGACGAGCAGCAGCAGCCACCAGCAGAGAGCGACGAGUCAGAGGAAGAGCCGGUGGCGGCGCCGCCGCAGCAGCAGCCCGAGGAGCAACAGCAGGUUGUUCGUCUUCAUGAGGGCGAAAUCAGCGUGGAAGAUGUCCACGACCCGGGCGACCUCCCAGCCGGCGAGGGCUCGCCGGUCAUCGUCAAGAAGGACCCCGGAUAUGCUCAGGAGACGCUCGCCUCCCGGGCAAAGAGACGCCGAAAAAAGCCUAAAGUUGAAGAGCCCAUCGAGAGAUGGCGCUCCGCGCACGAUUCGAUUGGCCAGGAAGCGAUGGCGGCCGUAGUCCUUGAUGUGAAAGAGACCGCUCGCCGAGACGACGGGAUGUCGGACACGGAUGGCAAGACGGUCCGCCUCCGCAAAAAUGUAGACGAGAACGGUGGUUCCUCGCGCAACGACACUGAAGAUGAUGCCCGCGACAGCAACGAAAGCGCUCAAGAAGAUGAUGAUAAGUCGACACGGCUCACAUUGAUGGAACAGAUCCUGCUGCUCGGGUUAAAGGACCGCGAGGGCCGUGUUGGACGCCUGUGCGGCGGACUCCGCGUCCUCAGCAGCUACUGGAUCGGCCAAGACUCCACCUACAAGUUCUUCGAGGUUAUCCUCGUCGACCCGUCACACAAGGCCAUCCGUCGUUGCCCCGAUCUUCAGUGGAUCACCAAGCCCGUCCACAUGCACCGUGAGCGACGCGGUCUCACCGCCGCCGGACGCAAGUCUCGCGGUCUCGGCAAGGGAGAUCGUUACUCGCAGACCCGAGGAGGCUCGCAAGCGAAGAACUGGCUCCGCAAGAACACCAAGGUCCUUCGCAGAAAACGU